AUGGAGGCGCCCGCCAGCGCGCAGACCCCACACCCGCACGAGCCCAUCAGCUUCGGCAUCGACCAAAUCCUCAACAGCCCGGACCAGGACAGCGCACCCGCCCCGCGGGGCCCCGACGGCGCCAGCUACCUGGGAGGGCCCCCCGGGGGCCGUCCGGGCGCCGCGUACCCGUCUCUGCCCGCCUCCUUUGCGGGCCUCGGCGCGCCCUUCGAGGACGCGGGAUCUUACAGUGUCAACCUAAGCCUGGCCCCCGCCGGGGUGAUCCGGGUGCCAGCGCACAGGCCGCUACCCGGGGCCGUGCCGCCGCCUCUGCCCAGCGCGCUGCCCGCCAUGCCCUCCGUGCCCACGGUCUCCAGCCUGGGCGGCCUCAAUUUCCCCUGGAUGGAGAGCAGCCGCCGCUUUGUGAAGGACCGCUUCACAGCGGCGGCCGCGCUCACGCCCUUCACCGUGACCCGGCGCAUUGGCCACCCCUACCAGAACCGGACGCCGCCCAAGCGUAAGAAGCCGCGCACGUCCUUUUCCCGGGUGCAGAUCUGUGAGCUGGAAAAGCGAUUUCAUCGCCAAAAGUACCUGGCCUCGGCCGAGAGGGCGGCGCUCGCAAAGUCCCUCAAAAUGACGGACGCGCAGGUCAAGACCUGGUUCCAAAAUCGGAGGACCAAGUGGCGGCGGCAGACGGCAGAGGAGAGGGAGGCGGAGCGGCAGCAGGCGAGCCGGCUCAUGCUGCAGCUGCAACACGACGCCUUCCAGAAGAGUCUCAACGACUCCAUCCAGCCCGACCCGCUCUGUCUGCACAACUCGUCGCUCUUUGCUCUACAGAACCUGCAGCCCUGGGAAGAGGACAGUUCCAAGGUCCCCGCUGUCACCUCGCUGGUGUGA